AUGGCGAAAUACGAGGCACAACCUCGGGUCCCUCGACACAAGGGCCGCGGCAACAAGGGGAUCAUCAUCAUCAUCAUCAUCACCCGGGUCAAGGGUGGAAACGGCGGCAAACGGGAGAUUGAGAUUUGGGAUCAAAAACGGGCCCUGGCGGCCACGUGCGAUGCCGACCGUGACGACUGA